AUGUGAAACUCUGCUCUUCUUUCUCUCUCACUCACUCCCACUACAGAUAGCUAGUCUCUGUUAGCCCCAUUUCCCAUCAUCAUUAAUAGACCCAACAAAAUGACUGUCAAAGAAUGUGGCCACGACGACGACGAUCACCGGAAGUUCAAUCGCAAGAUGAUAGGAGGUGUUCUGUCGUUCAUCAUUCUAGUCCUGUUUGUCAUCUUCCUCAUCUGGUUAAUCCUCAGACCCACUAAACCCCAGUUCAUUCUCAUCGACGCAACCAUCUUUGCCUUCAACAUCACCGGCACUGGACCCCCACUCAACCUUCCAAAUUCACUCACUUCAAAUUUUCAAAUAACCAUCUCCUCUCGCAACCCAAACGCCAGAAUCGGCAUCUUUUACGACAAGAUUGACGUCUACGCUAGCUACCACGGCCAGCAAAUCACCCUCCCUACCCUUCUCCCGCCUUCUUACCAGGGGCAUAAAGACGUUACAGUUUGGUCCCCUUUUAUCUACGGCAGCUCAGUUCCGGUGGCUCCUUACCUGGGGGAGUCACUAGGGCAGGAUCAGGUGGCGGGGACGGUUCUGAUCAAUAUCCGAGUGGAUGGACGUGUGAGAUGGAAAGUCGGAAACUUUAUAUCCGGCCGGUACCGGCUUUACGCGAAUUGUCCGGCGUACAUUUCAUUCGGUGGUGGAGGAAGAAACGGUGGUAACGGAUUUCUGUCGGGACCCUCCAUCAAAUAUCAGUUGGCUCAGAGCUGUCAUGUCGAUGUUUAAAAACACCACCUUUGAAUCUCUGCUUCACUCUGUUUUCUGCUGCUACUAUUAUUAUUAUUAUUGUCACUUUCUUCAUCUUCUAGUAAGUAGUAGUAGUAUGUAUUAUUUUACAAAUGUAAAUGUUAUUUUAAUUCAGAAGAUUAAACUCAA